CAUAGUACCAUACCGUGUGUCAAUUCCCAUUCCUGUCCUCCAUACCCAUUCCCAUUCCCAAUCAAAAUCCCAAACACCCUGAUAUCACCUACCAACAUUUAUCGACCGCCAUUGCAAGUCAGACUUGGACUCUAAACUCUCACCUACAAAACCUUACUCUCCUCCAGAUCCCGAUCUCAUCUUCUCUAACAUGGAGUUCGAAUCAACCACCAGCACCAUUGCCGAACAACACAACAACGAUCACGGAUGGCAGAAGGUCACAUACGCCAAGAAAAAACGCAAAAAUCCGGUGCCGUUGAACUCCGUUUCCAACGGAUCCGUAAUCUCCAACAAUAAUAACAAUAAUGAUAAUGUAUUCAGUGUUAUUGAGAAGAAAUCGGAAGAACGACGGAAGGUUAUCGAAGCUCAGAGAUCAUCCUCAGCGGUUUAUGAUGAUGAUUCGCAGGUUAGAUCGUCGAAGACGAAGAAGAACUAUUCGGAUUAUGAGGAUAGUGAUGAGGAAGUUGUUGAGAAUAGGUUAGAUGUGAAUAAUGAUGUGGAGAAGAAGAAGAAGAUGAAGAAGGUGAAGAAACCUAAGGUUACGAUGGCGGAAGCGGUUGCGAAGAUUGAUGUGGAUGAAUUGGCGAGUUUUCUGGUGGAUAUUACGACUUCAUUUGAGGACCAACAAGAUAUACAGUUGAUGCGAUUUGCUGACUAUUUUGGUCGUGCAUUCGCUAGUGUGACUGCUUCACAAUUUCCUUGGGUGAAGUUGUUCAGAGAAUCUCCUGUUGCAAAGGUCGCUGAUAAUCCUGUGUCACAUAUUCCUGAAGCUGUUUACAAGACAUCAGUUGACUGGAUCAACAAACGAUCUAUGGAAGCCCUUGGUUCUUUUUUCCUUUGGUCUUUAGACAACAUUCUUGCUGACCUGGCAAGCCAAUUAGGCGGUGCAAAGGGAUCGAAGAAAGGGGCCCAAAAAACAUCCUCAAAAUCUCAAGUGGGUCUGUUUGUAGUAUUAGCAAUGGUGUUACGCAGAAAACCUGAUGUGCUAGUUACCGCAUUACCUACUUUAAAUGAAACACUAAAGCAUCUAGGACAAGACAAGCUUCCGGUGAUUGUGUGGAUGGUAACACAAGCAUCACAAGGGGACCUUGCUGUCGGGUUAUACUUGUGGUCACAUUUGAUAUUGCCAAUAGUUGGGACCAAACUGGGCUCCAAUCCACAAACUCGGGAUCUAAUAUUACAAUUAGUGGAAAGGAUUCUCUCUGCUCCAAAGGCUGAAACUAUAUUAGUAAAUGGUGCUGUUCGUAAGGGUGAGCGUUUAUUGCCACCAUCAGCACUUGACUUGUUAUUGAGAGUCACCUUCCCUUCAUCAUCAGCUCGGGUCAAGGCAACCGAAAGGUUUGAAGCGGUGUAUCCUACACUCAAGAAGGUGGCUCUUGCUGGUUCCCCUGGAAGCAAAGCCAUGAAACAAGUCUCUCAACAAAUUAUGACUGUUUCGUUAAAAGCUUCCGGAGAAGGCGUUCCUGAGCUAUCCCAUGAAGCAUCAAGCAUUUUUAUCUGGUGCUUGACUCAAAACCCUGAUUGCUGCAAGCAAUGGGAUAAUUUCUAUUUAGAUAAUCUAAAAGCAAGCAUCGUUAUUUUGAGAAGGCUCAACGAACAAUGGAAGGAGCUCUCUCUUAACCCUCCUUCUCUCGAGGCCCUAACCGCAACUCUCAUGAGUUUAAAGCGAAAGAACGAAAAGGCGAUGACCGAUGGAGAUAACUCUGGCGAUCAAGCGCUCUACAAGGAAGCUGAUAAACACUGUAAGGUGUUAUUGAAACGGUUAUCACGCGGGUCAGGGUGCUUGAAAGCUACGAUGUUCCUCGUUGUGGCCCUUGGUGUGGGGGCCGCAUUUCUGCCGCUAACCUCCUUGGAGCCGUUGGAUUGGAACAAAUUGUUUGAUGUUUUAAACACCAAACAGUUCCAUUAAGAAUUUAAGAUUGAUGAUGAUGAAGGACUAACAUACACAGUGUCUGCUAAGCAGGAAAGGUUAAAAUUGCGUUUUAAUAAAAAAAAGAAUGAGAGCUAAUAGUUUUACCAUUAUGCCCUUAGAAAUGAUGAUGUCAUAUUGGUUUUAAUUUUAUUUUAUUAAGGUAACGGGAUUUUAAAUUUUAUGAUAUUUGGGACUUUUUUGUCAUUUA